UCUGUGGAGUGCUCUCAGAUUUCAUUGAUGAGGAUAACUUUCCUGUUUCAGUUAUCUAGUCGCGCAAUACACGCAUCCUCCGAUUGUAAAAACUACCUGUUUAUGUGGUGCACUAGCUCUUCAUGAGGAUGGCCUCUACUACAAUGAGCAAGAACAAUGCAGAUGAAUGGUAUGACAAAAUAACCAGCUUCUUGAGAGAUGAAGGAACCUUGGAAGAAUUGAGAAAGAAAUUUGAUAAGUGCACAUCUAAUGAAGAACGAGUGAAUUUGAUUUAUAAACUUCCAAUCGCACAAGAUGUCAUGCAAACAAAUCCUAAUUUCAAAGAAAAAUGUGAAGAAGUAGCAGUUAAUCUUCGAAAUCAAGGAAAUGCUUUCUUCCAGAAAAAGAAAUACAAGCAGGCUCUUGAUCUGUACACGCAAAGUGUUCUCUUUUCACCCUGUCCGAGUAGUAGCUCGCCUAGCGAAAAUAACGAUAACCUCGAAAAACCUCCAACUUUAGCUUUGGCAUUUGCGAAUAGAUCAGCAGUUUUAUAUCAUAUGACAAAGGAUGAAUUGUGUCUAGCAGAUAUUGAGCUUGCUUUGGAAAAUGGCUAUCCAGAAAAUCUACAGUACAAACUUUACGAUAGGAGAGGCAAAUGUUACAUGCAGUUGAAAUGGGGAGAAGCGGCCACAGAAGCAUUUACUAAAGCAAAAGGUCAAAUAAGGGUAUCUGAUCUGGAUGAGGACAAGAUGAAAAAGAUUGCAGAGGAGAUUGACAAGCUGAUUGUGGCUUGUGGAAAAAUAAAAGAUGAUCAGCAUAAAAAGGUCAUGAAAACCCAAGCAGAGUGUAAUAGAAGUCAUGACGAUCUCCCCGUGAUUUCAUCGAGAAACGUGAAAUUUCCCAAUGCAUCUGCUGCAGUUACCAUGGAAGAAAGUGAGGAGAUGGGUCGUGGCAUUUACGCGGCAGAGGACAUCGAGAUCGGGGAUGUCCUGGUUGUAGAGAAAGCUUACAUGUCCGUGAGCAUGCCAGGAUGUAGCAUAUUAAACUGUCACAACUGCUGUGAGAGAUUGUUCUCUCCGUUCCCCUGUCGCAACUGUGCAGAAGUCGGUUACUGUUCCCGUCAGUGUGAAAUGGAAUCGUGGAAAAAUUAUCACUGCGUAGAGUGUGAACAUCUCGGCGGUAUUCAAGCCGCUCAGCUCGGCCUCGGACAUUUAUCAUUUCGAAUGGUUCUUAAAGCUGGAUUUGAGUAUUUGAAGGCGUACAAGGACACCGCAGAUGCUGUUGGGGACUCCUUCGGAUCUGGCUUCAACAGGGACGGGGUUUAUGACUCAAAUGAUUACAAUACUGUCUACAAUUUAGUAAAUCAUUGUGAAAAACGAACAACAACAGAUCUAUUAAAGCGUACUAUCAAUGCAGUGUUCCUUGUGAAAUGCUUAGAGAAUUCCUCUUUUGUUCCCUCUACAGAAAAACGUCACGAGGACUUGAUGUAUGUAGGUGGACACAUCCUACGCCACAUCCAAAUGCUUCCAUGCAAUGCCCAUGAAGUUUCUGAAUUGAAGCUGAAGAAAACUAUGAUUGCUGAAUCUGUUGGUGAGGAAAUUGGUUCUGCGAUAUAUGCAAUGCUUAGUUUGUUCAAUCACUCGUGUGAUCCAGAUGUUGUCCGCCACUCUUACGGGGACGUGUGUGUCGUCAGAGCCAUCAAGAAAAUUUCAAAGGGUCGAGAAAUCUUGGAUAACUACGGCACAGUGUAUGCAGUUAGCGCGAAAUCUGACCGCCAGAAAAAACUGUCACAGUACCAAUUUGUAUGUAAUUGUCUCCCCUGUCAAAAUGUGUGGCCUUUGUAUUUCAACAUCCCCAACGAAGUACCAAUCUUCAAGUGUGAGAAGUGUAGCAGUGCUUUGUCACCUGUCAACAACACAACAAAAACGGCCAAAUGUACCGCAUGUAAGUACACACAGAAGCUGGCCAAGACCAUUCUCACCCUGGAAUGCUCGGACAAAGUUUUUCGAACUGUACUAGAGAAGUUUCUGUCUGGGAACCAGGGACCGGAACACACGCUUCAUGUGUUAAACAAACACCUGCAAUUCUUGCAGCAGAACAUAUGCCUACCCUGGCAGGACUUCAACAACUGUCAGGAAGCAAUCAAACAGUGCUAUGCGAUGCAGGCCAACUGUCAUGUCAUAGAAUAAAUCUCUGAUCUAAAGAUUUCAAAACAUUGCAUUUGCCAUGCAAGGCAGACAUGUACAGACUGUCGUGUAAAAUUGGUGAUCAGCAUAUUAUGUGAUGCAAUCUACAUCUGCACAUCACAUAAUCAUAUAGAUUUCUGUUUUAAUUUUUAUUUUAGAAAUUGUACUUGGCCAAAUAUUACCAUAGAAGUUAUAAAAGAAAGAAGAAAAAAAAACGUCUGUAAGAGAAAUUUUAGUAUUUAAGGAAUGAUGGCAUAUAUUUCAAUAUUGAUCAGAUGUGAUUUUGAAAAGAAAAUGGUGAGAUAAAAACAUUCAAAUUAAAUUCAA